AUGGAUAUCAUUAAAGACUCUAUAAUAAGAGUUUCCACUCGAUAUAAGAAUUUGGGACCCAUACGACGUCCCAAGCCCGUGAUAACAAGACGUGGAGACCCUAGGGUGAAUCAGCUUCGAAUAAAUGAACCUUCAAAAGUGACGUCUACGUUCAAAUCACAUUCCCAAGUUAUCACUGAAGAUAUAAAUCAAACUACCACUAAAGAUACAAACGUCACUAGCAAGAACCAACCCCAACCUGUAAAUAUUCCGUUACUUGCUAGAAACAAUGAUGUCUUCAAAAACCAUGAACGAAGGAAGUUCCAAGAAUUUCUUAAACCUUUAGGAACUGAAAACCUCAAGAUCUUCAAUAAUGAUAUCAACCCUUAUGAUGCAGAAACCAGUCGGAAGAAUUGGCACGACAAGAACAGUAAGGAUAAUUUAGUCAUUUAUGGAGAUUUCCUUAAGAUUCAUAAGAAAUUCGAAUCAAUAAUCGACUUAUUAGCUAAACUCACUCCUGAAGAAAUACUUAACAAAGAUGAUAAUAAACAACUUUUGAUUCUUGAAAGUCAUGCUAAAUACCAGGAAAGUCUUAAAUUCAAUGUCCCCAAGUACCACUUCAAACCCAUUCCUUCACCCCGUGAAUUCGAAAAUUUUCAAGAAUAUAUUUACUUCAUCACUCAUUGUAAGAUCUUCAACAAACAUACCACCUCCAACUUGAAUGGUUUGGUCAAUGAUAUUCUAUUGUAUACACAUAACGUCGAUAAUAAAGAAUUCAAACAUAAGAGAAAUGUUCAUACAUUCAAUCAAUUGAUAGAGUACUAUGGAUUCCAGAAAAAUCAGAAUUUAUUCACUAGACAUUUAUUAUUGAUCAUGAAACUUGACGGAGUUGAUCCUAACAUUGAAACAUUCAACAAUUUACUCAAAAUGUUAACAAUUAAUUCAUCUAUCAGGUCAAUUGAUAAUAAUCUAGUAUUCAGUAAAAUCUUAAAUAUCUUGAAAUUGAUUGAAAGUUCAGGGUUAAAGGCUAAUUUGAUUACUUAUGAGAGAAUUUACAGUUGUAUCAAUAAUAUCUACUUAAAGGAAAGAUUUUUGAAUAAAAUCUCCAUGAUUAAUUUACCUAUAACAUCAAAUUUUUUAAACCUUAUUAUUGAUGAUCUACUCAAAAACUGUAGUAAUUACGAAGACUUUAAAACCUUUAUAGAGAAUGACGUCAACUUAAAAGAUUGGGAACUCAACGAUAAGAUUUUUAAUAAGGUUGUGAAAUUCAAUAUAAUUAACCAUAAACAGUUUCCUACGGAAUUCAAUGAUCAUACUAAUUCAUAUGUAAUUGAUGGUAUUAUACAAGGAAAUUUCAAAGAUGAAGAGAAGUUAACAUUAUUAAUGAAAUACUAUCAACCAGAGUUGAAUAUAAUCAAAAAGAUUAUUGUAUUUAUGAGUAAAAUGAAUAUUUCAUUACCGGAAAUAAGAUCAGUUACAAUGAAACUUACACAAGACUUUAAAGAAUUAUCAGGAAGUAAUUACAAAAUAAUGAAAAAAUUUAUUCCCGAAAUGCAUAAAUUAGAGUUGAAAUUCAAAAAAUUUAACCUUAGCGAUAAAGAAAAUCAAGAUUUUUCAUUGACGUCGAUAAUUUUUACUAAUAAGGAAUUUAAGUUACCACCAAAAAUUGAAAAACAAUUACAAUUAUCGGCAAUCUCCAUCAUAAAUUCCAGUAAACUUCAACAAUCAUCAACUACUAUUGAACAAAGGCUCAAAUUACAUAAACUUAUUUAA